UGCGACUGGACUGCACGCGCUGACAUUCACGCGCAUGCGUCUCACUUUACUCCUCAGCCUUUGAAAACUCUGAGAGCUCAAUUAAAAGACCAUGUCCGCCAUCGGGCGUCUACAGUUCUCGGUGUCGUUAUUUAAACCAAAUUCUCCAUGAAAUAGCAUUAUCCCGUGGCCUCAGCAAUGGCCAGUUCGGGUGCCGUUCAGGUGAAACUGGAACUCGGUCACCGUGCCCAGGUCCGAAAGAAACCCACCGUGGAAGGUUUUACGCACGACUGGAUGGUGUUUGUCCGCGGACCGGAGCACAGCAACAUUCAGCAUUUUGUGGAGAAAGUCGUAUUUCAUCUACACGAAAGUUUCCCGAGACCAAAAAGAGUGUGCAAGGAUCCACCAUAUAAAGUUGAAGAGUCUGGAUACGCUGGGUUUAUCUUGCCUAUUGAAGUUUACUUUAAAAAUAAGGAAGAACCGAAAAAAGUGCGCUUCGACUACGAUUUGUUCCUGCACUUGGAGGGUCACCCACCUGUCAAUCAUCUCCGCUGUGAAAAGCUCACCUUCAACAAUCCUACUGAAGAGUUCCGCAGGAAGCUGCUCAAGGCUGGAGGGCAACGGGAUCCUCACAAAAGAUCUUCAGAGGACUCUAAAGUAAUGGUAAUGCAAGAGGGAUCUACUUCUCUGUUCGGGCAGCAUCUAAAGCUGCCCACAUUACCCAGCAGCUCAUUAACAUUGACCUUCUCUGAUGUGAAAAAGAGCAAGUCUUUCCCAGGGUCAAAGGACGGGUCCAAAAGCAGCAGUGCUCUUACAACCACAAACAACAUCAGCAGCAGCUCCCUCAAGCUCCACAAACCAUCUAAGGACCACAAGGACAAGCCUUCCAAAGACUCAAAAGAGUCCAAAAGUGCCUUCAGAGAUUUCAACAAGGACUCUGGAAAACUCUCUAAAGAUUCUAAAAAACCCAAAGAGAAUCAACCAAUUCAGGAAGAUCGGCCCGUUCCCCAAAUGGGAUUCAAGGAGCCCAAGACCACGUCGAAAGAGCAACGGUCAUCGGAGGGUAGCUUCUCAAGCUUGGGACAGAGUAAACGGCGGCCUGUGUUGGACAGUGAAGGCCAUGUUACCAAAAAAAGGAAAGGCAGUUUUUCAGAGAGCUCGCAAAAGCAGCAAGCUUGUCCAGCCUUGCUACAGCACCACCAUACGGAUAAAAAGGUUUUGAAAGACAAGCCGCAAAUCCGGCCUAGUAGGUUACAAAACACUGAACUUUCAGAGAAGAGAAAACCUCCAGCGUUACCGCCCUUCCAGGAUGUGUUGGAUCCGAAUGACUCUGACAUGGACGACAACACGUUCACAAGAUCAGAUUCGGAUCAGCCAAGUCCGGCCAGCUCCAGUUCCAGUUCCAGCUCCGGCUUUGGACGCGCACACAAGCGGCAAGUGUUGGGUCCUUUGCGGUCGGUGAUCCCAGAUUUGCACUCUGAUGAAAAUGAAGAAGAUUCUGAAGAGGAGGAUGAUAAUGACAUGGACUCGGACAUGGAGCGACCGUUACACACACAAAUGUCACAUCGCCACCGCAGGGUGAGUUUAAGUGACGGCAGUGACAGUGAAAAUAGCUCUGCCUCUUCACCACUGCCCCAUAAUGACCCCCAACCUCUACUGAAACCCGCCAAUAACCAGAUACUCGAAGUAAAGAGUCCUAAGAAACAAGCAAAGAUGGACAAAAAUAAAAACAUUGACUGUGACAAGGCAUACUUGGAUGAGCUGGUUGAGCUUCACAGAAGACUAAUGGCACUAAGGGAAAGACACAUAUUACAGCAGAUUGUGAACCUCAUUGAAGAAACGGGACACUUUCACAUCACAAACACAACUUUUGACUUUGACCUCUGCUCUCUGGACAAAACCACAGUUCGGAAGCUGCAAAGCUACCUGGAGACUUGUGGAUCGUCUUGAAGAUUUGUGCAGCUGGCUGCAACGAGGAGGAACAUCACACCUCCCUAAUGCGCUCCUUUUGUUUUUUCUCCUAUAUUAAAACUUGUAAGGCAAUGGAAAGGAUCCGCUUUUAUUCCAGAGCUCCUCCUGUCUCUCGAAAGUCCUCAGAAAUCGACAGCAUUAUUACAUGAGUCUGGAGUUUCUUACACUCCACCUGGUCUUCACCUAAAAAGCCUUGAUAAUCCGACAUUGCCAAAAAAUGUUCUUGCUCCAAAACAAAAACAAAACUUUUGUGUAUAUUGUAUGAAUGUUUGAUAAGUUCUUUGUGACGAAUGCAUGUUUCAACACUGCCUUACCACAUUGUCUAUUUAUUGAGUAUGAGUUUCAAGUGUGUGUGUGUGUAAGUGCAAAUGAUAUUAAACUUGUGCAAGCACUUGGGAACAUCAUCUCAUCGGCAAUGAAACAUCUCUUAACGUUUAUUGUUUUUAUAAAUCGUAAGCAAUGUUUUUCAUGCUGUACGUCAUGUAAAAUGAACGGUUUCAAAUUUUGCUGGACGGAGGAAGACCUUAAGCCCUGUUGAUUAAUGAAUUGCACAUUAUCUGCAAACUGUUUCUAAAAUGUCGCCCUGUUAAAUAAUUCAUAAUAUUAUAAUGGUUUUCAGUGUACCAUUCGAAAGAAGUCAGGACCUUAAGCAAAUCCAGUGACCUCUAUCCCAAAUGUUUCUUAAAGUUGUUUCAGUAAGAAAGUGUAUUGUUGAAUCUAAUGCUAUUUAUUAUUUUUGGGCACCACAGUUCCCAAGGCUGUUCGUUGGUUGUUCCCAAACCAGUGGGAAAUAGCCAGGUCUUAAUUGUAGUUUGGGAGUUCUUUGAGGAAAUCAGGAAGUAUUCGAAGUUUACUUUUCAGUUCCAUUGUGUUUUGUUUGUAAUUCGAUUAUUUGAUAGAGGCCAAUAGGAGCAGAUUGUGCAGUUGAGCUGUAGACCUCAAGCUCUGCUUUGUGCAAAAGCAACAUCAUUCACUUUUCAUUUUUUUAUAAUGUCGAAUCAGAUGAGCCAGCUAGAAAUAUAGAUAAUUUGUGAGACGGGGUGAUGGUGGUGGUGGGGUUGAGAAAGGUUCAGACUGAAUAAUUGGCAUUGUGUGAAGUGUUUGAAUUUAUCAGAGAGAAAAAAAAAAAGGGGGGGGGGGGUUUAAAUUGUUUUUGCUGAAUGAAAAUCAUGACUUGUACACUUUAUUAUUGUUUAUUUCCCCGAUUCAUUUUCUCAGCCCAAAGAGCUUUUAGUUUAGUUAUCAUUAUAUAAUGUUUAUAUGUGUAUAUAAACUUUAUAUGUGAUAAAAAAAGUGAUUAUCUUUCCUUUAUUGGAAGGUGCUGACCUGCUUCCAGCUGAAAGUUCUUGAUCAUAAUAUAAAUUCCAAACCGA